AUUCGCAAAGGUUUCGAAGCUUCACGUCGAUUUAAAGCGCCCAUCACUAAAUGUACGCUUAAAUCUGCAUCCCUUCGAAGGUCGAACCGAGCGUUGAUAAACGAGAUGGUCUGACAUACGGAGGAGGAUUUCAUCAUAUUUGUGGUCUAAAUGUUAAUAUUUCAAGGAAGUCCUGCGAUUUAAAAGGCUUAGAUGGAUGUGCGCAAUAGAAAAACUCACCAGCAGAUGGAUGAUGCUACAGGUCCAAACAGCUCUCCUCACCAGAUUGUGUCGCAGUUCCGAAAUGAAAAUGAGAUUUUUGGACCGAAACUGAGAUGGACUGCAAAUAGCAUGAUGAAAAACAUGGAUCUUCAGGAUUCUUAUGAUCUCUAUGAUUCUACGUCAGAGAGUUCAGAUUCCUACAUUUCAGAUAUCUUUUCUGAAACCGACAGUGAAGAUAACCUCAUACCAGACCAGACAAAACUUCAGCUUCUAGAUGAGAUGGAUGUUGAUGAAUCUGGCUCGGCGAGUUCCCCCGUCCGCGAGACAACGUCUGACCAAAUGACCUUUGAUAGCCAGAGUCUUACAUCUGAAGCGUCUGGAACAGCAGAAGAACCCUGUUCGAGUCAGAACACUAAAGACGGCAUAGUUGUUAGUGCAUACCAGAAAAGAGGAGGCAGCAGAGUGUACGACAAGAGACAUUACUGCUUGUAUUGCCGUAAGCCUUAUGCUAAGAUGGCGAGGCAUCUAGAAGGUUCGCAUAAAAAAAAAUCUGAUGUGGCCAAAGCUCUAAGCUUUCCGAAGGGAUCCAAGGAGAGAAGAAAACUGCUAGAUUAUAUUCGCAACAGAGGAAACUAUGCUCACAAUGCCGCUGUUGUGAAAUCAGGCAAGGGGGAACUUGUGCCAUUUAAACGGCCACCUAAAGAAGCGCAGGCGGAUGAUUUCAUGCACUGUGUAUACUGUCAAGGGCUUUUUAUAAGAAAGGUCCUGUGGCGACAUAUGCGUUACUGUAGACUUAAACCUCGCUCAGUCGCCCCCAAACCAGGAAAAUACCGCGUUCAGUCGUUGUGUAGAUACACGGGGCCCGUGCCUUCAAACAUAACUAAACAGCUGUGGGGAGUGAUAACCACCAUGACUCCUGACCCCAUCACGGAUAUAAUAAAAAAUGACAAAGUAAUUGUUGAUUUUGGGCAGCACUUGUUAAACAAAGGUGGGAUAUCAGCCAAGAAUAAACAGGGCGUGCGAGAGAAGAUGCGAGAAUUGGGAAGGCUGCUUGACAACGCUAGGAGAGUCACCACCUUAAAAACAAUUAAAGAUUGCGUAAAUCCCAAGAAGUAUAUGGAGACUGUCAAAGCCGUCAGGUACACAUGCGGGUAUGACGCUGAAUCCGACAAGUUCUUGAUUCCAACACUCGCCACCAAGCUCGGGAAUUCCCUGGUUAAAGUUAACAAAGUCUUGAAAGCUCAGGGUUUACUCUCAAACAACAAAGAGCUUGUGAAGAAUGCCAGUGAGUUUCAAGAGAUCCACGAGGAGAAGUGGAACGAGAUGAUCUCGGCGACAGCGUUGAGGAACAUCAGGGAGGCAAAGAGCAAUGUGCCCACUAUCAUGCCCUUUACCGAAGACGUCCAGAAGAUGCAUACGUAUCUCAGUCAAGUGCGAGAUAAGUGGAACAGUUGCCUCUCUGAAAGUCCCUCUGCUAAAGCCUGGAUGGAGCUGGCGAAGGUGUGUCUAGCGCAGGUGAUUCUCUUUAACCGGCGCAGGGAAGCUGAGGUGGCGAACGUGCCUUUGUCUGCAUUUUUAUCAAGAGACACCUUUGACCCGCUUGUGGAUGUGGGCUGGGCGCUCUCCGAAGUGGAGAAAAUACUCUGCAGAAACUUCUCAAUGAUUGUCACCAGAGGAACGCAUGGUUGGCCCGUCCCAAUUCUUCUGACUCCACAAAUGUUGAGUGCCUUAGAACUUCUUGUUCAGCACAGAGAGGCUUGUGGGGUUUUGAAAGACAAUGGGUUUUUGUUCGCAAGGCCAGAAGCCAUGACGCAUUUCCAAGGGUCAGACUGCCUCCGUGGCUUUGCAAAAGCGUGUGGUGCGAAGUUUCCCAAGUCACUGACGUCCACCAGACUGCGGAAGCAAGCCGCAACCCUUUCAACGGUGCUGAAUAUGACCGACACGGAGAUGGAGCAGCUCGCCAACUUUCUCGGACACUACAUAAUAAUCCAUCGUGAGUUCUGCCGGCUCCCUGAGAAGACCCUGCAUCUUGCCAAGAUCAGCAAAGUUUUAAUGGCUCUCGAGCAAGGGAGAUUAGCUGAGUUCCAUGGCAAGAACUGGGAUGAAAUUGUGAUCGAUCCUGACGAAAAAGUUGUGAACUGUGAUGAGGAAGACGGGCACAUACAGGAGGGACACUCUUCAUCUACUGUUUAUGGUAAAACUACCCAGAGGAAAAAACCCUGGCAGCAGACAGAGGUGCAGGCGGUGCAAAGGCACAUGAUGCACUUCAUCACAUCUUGUACUGUACCGGCAAAGAGUGACUGUGAGAAGUGUUUAAAGGCUGAACCUGAAGCUCUAAAGAACCGGGACUGGAAGAACCUGAAAUUCUUCAUAUAUAACCGCAUUACAGCUUAUAAAAAGAGUUUGCAGUGCAAAUAAUAUGAAGAUUACCAGCUCUGGUAGCAUGGCAGUUUUUAUAUUUGUCUUUUUCCAUGUUUCUAAGUUGUUCCAGAGAUUCCUACUCUUCUUCUGAACAGCUCAAAACUCCAGCCAGACUUGUAGGAUAUUGAACAACUUUACUGUUAGACCAGUCAUUUCCAGCUUGUGGCCUUUAUCCGUCAUCAUAAACGCACUAAAGAGGGUAUGUAUGAGGCAAAAAAAAAAAACAAACAACGACCAAAUAUUUACAUCCACACACAUUCAAUAUCCUACAAGUUUUACUAGAGUUUUGUUCUAUUUUUUGUUUAUAUUUUUAUGUCUACCUGAUUUUUUACAUACUUUUUAGUAUAACGAUAAUGCAACUUAAUUUGCUGAGUUCGUCUGUAAAGUUGAACUCCUUAAAAGUUCAAUUCAGCUAUUUAAAUGUGAGUUGAUGUUUUGAGGUUCAGUUCCUAGUUAGUAGUAGAUUUAUUAUCAUGGUUGUAAGUACCAGGUGAAUUAGUUGCAGAUGGUUGGUUGUGGUUAAAAAUUGUUAAAGAAUCGUUCAAAUUAAGGAAAGAAUGGUUUGAAGUGGAAAGGUUUAAAGGUUAGACUUGAUGGUUUGAUGAAUAUCUAGAGUAAUCUUUGUAUAUAAUAGAGAAUAGAUGACUUUUUUACUGCUUCAAUCACACUGAUAUUCCUAUCAAAUAUAGGAGCAUCAGUCAAUCGAACUAAAUGUUAGUUUUGUGAAGAUGACUACAUGGAGAACACCAGCCAAACUAGGUUUCACAGACCAGACCUUAAGCUAGUCCCAGACUACAUUGCAUGUUGGAGCAGUUUUAACUGAAAGCAACUUGCACUGACGCAUUUUAAAAUAUAUCAGUGCCAUUGUUUUGUCUCAAUAUGCACAUCAGUAAUAUUAUAAAUGUUACAUAAAUGUAGGGCUGGGUAUCGUUACUUUUUUUUUCGAUAUCAAUACCUUGACUUUGAUACCGGUUCCUGAACAAUACUUUUUUCAAUACCAAUUUUAUGAAACCUGUUUUAAUAUUACAUAUUACCAUUUUAUUUUUUCAGUUUGUUGACUUUUUUUUUUACAGGUUCAAUGACUUGUAUAGGCCACUGGGGGUGGAAUAUAUGGCUCGCGCUCAAGCACACGUAUAAAGCUAGGCAAAGGUAGCCUAAUAAUUGUGAAUGUUUCUGGAAAAAAUAGCCAGGAGACAUUAUUAAUAAACUAGUGUUUUCUGAGUCAGUGUUGGCUGCAAAGAUGAAGUUGACGUUGCUGACUCGUCUUCUCUGUGGCGUAGCGAACGUGUGCGUGCCUAUGAGAGAAAUGCACCUUUCUUUUGGAUUACAUGGAGACUAUUUUUACGUUUCAAAUUGGUUCGUUUAAAAGUAGACAUUUCAAGCUUUCUAUAUGCCUAUUGGUUAUGUUUGUGUUUCGGUUCAUUUGU